UAUAGUUUCUGAAUUUGCUACAAAAUCAUCAUAGUUUAAAAAAAAUCCUUGUCUUUGCAAGUGUGCCUUAUAUCCGUACCCACCCGUACGUUGCCACUAUGAUAUGCUUUGAGCUAGCUUUAUUCUUCGCUAGCUCCAUCCAAAGGCAUACGACUCACAUUUGCCACAGGAUUAUGGCCACCUCCGGGAUGAAGGCGUCCAGCCUGCGCGCCGUGCAGUAUAGCGGCUACGGUGGCGGUGCCGCGGCCCUUAAGUACGUGGAUAUCCCAGUUCCUUCACCGAAGAAAGAUGAAGUUCUCAUAAAAGUUGAAGCAGCAAGCAUAAAUCCAGCGGAUUGGAAGAUCCAGAAAGGGAUGCUCCAUCCUUUUAUUCCUAAAUUCCCGUUUAUUCCAGUAACCGACGUUGCUGGAGAGAUUGUUGAGGUUGGUUCUGCGGUUCAAGAGUUGAAAGUUGGUGACAAAGUUGUGUCCAAAUUAGUCUUUUGGAAAGCUGGUGGCCUCGCCGAGUAUGUUGCAGCAUCCGAGAGCAUCACCGUCACCCAACCCACCGGAGUAUCCGCUGCCGAUGCCGCAGGGCUGCCCAUCGCCGGCCUCACUGCUCUGCAGGCCCUGAAGGCCAUUGGCACGAAGUUCGACGGCACAUGCAGCGGCAGCAACAUCCUGAUCACCGCGGCAUCAGGCGGCAUCGGCACGUACGCCGUCCAGCUCGCCAAGCUCGGGAACCACAACGUCACCGCCACCUGCGGUGCCCGCAACCUGGAGGCCGUCAUGAACAUCGGCGCCGACGAGGUGCUUGACUACAAGACCCCGGAAGGCGUGGCACUGAGCAACUCUUCGGGCAAGAAGUACGACUACAUCGUGAACACCACGGCUGAUGGCAAGUGGUCGGCCUUCAAGCCGGCCCUCAACUGCCCUGGCAGAGUCGUCGAUAUAGCUUCCAACUUUUGGAACUUUGUCGCAUCAAUCCUGACGUUUUUCUCCAACAAGAAGCUGUCCAUCGUGAUCGAAUCGAUGGGGAAGGAGGACCUGAGGUUUCUGCUUGAGCUGGUGAAGGAAGGGAAGCUCAAGACGGUUGUCGACUCACGCCAUCCAUUCGAGAAGGCAGCGGACGCGUGGGAGAAGAGCAUGAGCGGGCACGCCACAGGAAAGGUCAUAGUUGUGAUGUGA